AUGCUUUUUAAUCAACAAUUCCAAAUUGAUCGUAUUUUUUCCUCUCUACUUAUUUCUGUUAUUCUCUUUCUCUCAUUGUCCCUUUCUAUCUUUAUCUAUCUUCAUUUGUCUCCCUAUAUUAGUUCCUUUCUUUAUUUCUUAUAUCUAUUCUCUCUAAAUUUCUUUCUGUCCCUCUCACUAUUUCUCUCUGUGACUCUCUUUCUGCUUUUCUCUUUUUAUCUUUCUAACACUUCCUUCAUUUGUCUCUUUAUUUCCAUUUCUCACUAUAUUUCUCUAUGUCUCUCUCACUAUUACUCUCUCUCUCCCUCUCAUGGUUCUUUUCUCUUUUUAUCUCUCCAUCACUCUCUUCAUUUGACUCUCUUUUUCUGUUCAUAUCUAUAUUUCUCUGUCCCUCCCACUAUUUCUAUCAUGCACUUCCUCUCUAUAUUUCUAUAUUUUCCUCUUGCUAUUUCUCUCUGUGACUCUCUCUCUCUCUCUCUCUCUCUCUCAUUGCCCUUUCUCUUUUUAUCUCUCUCUUCACUUGUCCCUCUCAUUUUGUUCCUCUGUAUAUUUUGUCCAUCUCACUAUUUCUCUCUGUCACUCUCAUCUCUGUCUCUGCCCCUUCCUCAAAUAUAUCACUCUCUUUUUCUAUUUAUUCUUCUUUCUGUCUCUCUGUUGGUCUCUAUUACUCUUUCUGUUCCUCUUUCUGCAUCUCUUUCUCUCUUCUUCUCUUUAUUUGUUCCUCUUUUUCUCAGUUUUCUCUCUUUUUUGAUCUCUCUCUCUUUUUAUGACUUUUAUUUAUCCCUUGUUCAAUUCCCUCUCUCUCUCUCUCUCUCUCUCUCUCUCUCUUUAAUUGUUGCUUUUUCUCUUUAUGUAUUCAUCUCUCUCUCUCUCUCUCUCUCUUUAGUUGUUGCUUUUUCUCUUUAUGUAUUCAUCUCUCUCUCUCUCUCUUUCUCUCUCUUUAGUUGUUGCUUUUUUUCUUUAUGUAUUCAUCUCUCUCUCUCUCUCUCUUUAGUUGUUGCUUUUUCUCUUUAUGUAUUCAUCUCUCUCUCUCUCUUUCUCUCUCUUUAUUGUUGCUUUUUUCUCUUUAUGUAUUCAUCUCUCUCUCUCUUUCUCUCUCUCUCUUUUAGUUGUUGCUUUUUCUCUUUAUUAUUCAUCUCUCUUUCUCUCUCUCUCUUUAGUUGUUGCUUUUUCUCUUUAUGUAUUCAUCUCUCUCUCUCUCUUUCUCUCUCUCUCUUUAGUUGUUGCUUUUUCUCUUUAUGUAUUCAUCUCUCUCUCUCUCUCUCUUUAGUUGUUGCUUUUUCUCUUUAUUUGUUGCUUUUUCUCUUUAUGUAUUCAUCUCUCUCUCUCUCUUUCUCUCUCUUUAGUUGUUGCUUUUUCUCUUUAUGUAUUCAUCUCUCUCUCUCUUUCUCUCUCUCUCUCUUUAGUUGUUGCUUUUUCUCUUUAUGUAUUCAUGUCUCUCUUUCUCUCUCUCUUUUUAGUUGUUGCUUUUCUCUUUAUGUAUUCAUCUCUCUCUUUCUCUCUCUCUUUAGUUGUUGCUUUUUCUCUUUAAUCUAUUCAUCUCUCUCUCUCUUUCUCUCUCUUUAG